AGCAUCAUCUGCUCCUUCCCUUGCACCUUGCGUGGUCAGUCCCUGACUCCAUUGCGGGGUUUGGUCCCUCUCCCAUCAGGGAUGGAGUUGGGAGCUGCAAGGGAAGGAGGGGAUGAUGCUGAGCCUCCCCAUAAAACCUCUGAUAAAACUUGCAGGGGCAUGGUGGAGGACCACUGCUGCAGGAAGAUUUAGGCAGAUGCCUUGGAGCAUCCCCAUGUGAGGCCUACAUUGCUUCUCCACUGGGAUUUUCCCUGGAUGGUGACAGUGAUGCUCCCCUCGGGCAGGUCUCCCCUGGUGAUGAAGAGGAUUGGGAUGUGCUGGUGGCUCGUCACCAUCCUGGGGGUGCUACUCGGACCUGGUGCGGUGGUGGGGAGCUGCAGUCCCCAGGAGCAGGGAGGAUGCCCACCUGGAGAGGAGCCCACGGGGGAGUGUGGCUCGGGGGCACCGUGCCGAGCUUGUCCCCCUGGCACCUUCUCAGCAGGGGACCUAUCCUGCUCCUCUCACACCCGCUGCUGGGCCAGGAACAGGGUCCUGGUGGCGCCAGGGACAACGGUGACCGACAGCCGCUGUGGAACCUGCCUGCCAGGGUUUUACAGCCCUGAAGGGGAGAGGGACCCCCGGGGCCGGUGCCUGCCCUGCACCAACGCUCCCCGCGGUGCCACGGGGUGCCCAGGCCGCCGUCGACCCCGCAGCCCCGAGACGCCGGGCCAGCCCAUGGCGCCCAACAGGACAGGAGCCCCCUUGAUGGGGGAGGAAGGGCAGGAGGCAGCAGAGGCACAGGCAGCCGUGCUCACCAUCGUCCCAGUCUUCUGUGCCAUGGGGCUGUUGGGCAUCCUGGUCUGCAACCUGCUGAAGAAGAAGGGUUACUACUGCACUGCCACCAAGGACCCCCAGCCUGGUGGCACUGGUCCCAGCUCCAUCUACCAGCUGGAGGAUGCCAACGAGGACACCAUCGGGGUGCUGGUGAGGCUGAUCACCGAGAAGAAAGAAAACGCUGCAGCCCUGGAGGAGCUGCUGAGGGAACAUCACAGCCAGCAACCGAUGCCACCCCUGGGAUGUGCCCCCCCAGAUAAGCUCCACCUCCUGCCUCAGUUUCCCCUCACCUGCUGGCAUCAGGAGCAUCUCCACACGGUGCAGGGCCCAGCCCCGUGUGCCCGCUGCAGCCAGAGGAAGUGGCCGGAGGUGCUGCCACCACUCAAUGCCACCCAAGUCCCCAAGCCUGGGGGGCGACCCAGUGAGGUCACCAUCCUCUCUGUGGGCAGGUUUCGGGUGUCCAGGAUCCCUGAGAUGAAGAACGAGGUCGGGGGGGACCCUCCCUAUGCUCCCCUCCCUGCUGGCAGUGGGAUGAAGCCCCCAUGCUUGAGAAGCAUUGAUGGGACCCCCGAGCCAGCACCUGGCCUGGGAGCUGCCUCUGGGGGCCGGUGACAUCCACAAAGCCCCCACGGUGAGGACAGAGGGACCCUGGGCACCCUGUGGAAAGCCAGCAGGUGGUGGAGCUGGCAGCUUGGCCCUGCUCCUGUCACCAAGGUGCCCACAGCAAAGCCAACAUCUUGCCCAGCUGGAGAGGAGGAUUCCCUGUCCCUGGUGGCCAUGGUGUGGUGGCCUGGUGGAGAGAACGUCUCUGGGAGCUCCAAAGCAAGUGGUAGUGGCCACACCAUGGUGGCCUGAUGUAGAGCACCUCCAGGAGCUGUGCUGGUGGCCUUGGCAUGGUGGCCUGAUGGAGAGCACCUCCAGGAGCUGUGCUGGUGGCCUUGGCAUGGUGACCUGAUGGAGAGCACCUCCAGGAGCUGUGCUGGUGGCUUUGGCAUGGUGGCCUGAUGGAGAGCACCUCCAGGAGCUGUGCUGGUGGCCUUGGCAUGGUGACCUGAUGGAGAGCACCUCCAGGAGCUGUGCUAGUGGCCUUGGCAUGGUGACCUGAUGGAGAGCACCUCCAGGAGCUGUGCUGGUGGCUUUGGCAUGGUGGCCUGAUGGAGAGCACCUCCAGGAGCUGUGCUGGUGGCCUUGGCAUGGUGACCUGAUGGAGAGCACCUCCAGGAGCUGUGCUGGUGGCCUUGGCAUGGUGACCUGAUGGAGAGCAUCUCUGUGACAGUGG